AGUUGGGUGAGCAUUCGUAAUCUCUCUUUUCGAACAAACCCUCGAACUUUACGGAUGAGAAUAACGUGUUGUUUUCGUCAUUUCAUGCAAGUUGCCAAGGUUUAGAUUUAUGAAAUUGUUUAGCACAACAAUUCAAACUAGAAUAGACUGUAACCUUUAUUAGAAAAUUGUACUGGAUUGAUGUUUAGAAUUUUUAUGUUACGGUGGACAUAAGCGCAAUUUGUGAUUAAACUAUAGACUUUAAUAAUUUCAAAGGUGAAAAAAGUUUGGCAAAUGAAGUUAUCGUGGGUUCAUUGAAUAGUACGUUACAGGAGAGUAGAUGCCAUGAUUUUAAAUCUAACCUAUAACAAGCUACGCAACUUAGGAUGUAAUAUCUUUGUUUCAGAGAAACAGGCGUAAUGGUUAUACUUAAAUAAUGUGUUUAUGAACAAAAUACGUUGCUAUGGAACCGGACAACAGUAAGCAUGGUUUAUGGUUUAAUACAGCCAACACUAUACAGGGUGCUAUCGAUCUGAUCCUAAAUAAAAAGAUUACGUACUUUGAUGAACUAGAUUAAAUAUAUUAUGUUAUCAAAGGAAAUUGCAUUUUAGAAAGAUGAGUGAAAUUUUUGUAUUUCAAUUGUUAGGUUUUGAAAUCUAUACUGUCAAAGUUCUCUAGUGUCAACUGCGGAAUGAAUACGCUAAAACUGUAAGACGUCUUAGAAAGUCAUUACUGUUCUUCCAGAAACGGCAAAUAAGAACUUUCCUCCUUCAUUGUGACUUAGCAUGCACUCACUAAAUACUACGAGUGUUUUGUAGAUAUUCUAGGGUAAAUUCAGUUGAGAUCAGUAAAAAAAUGGGCAGUGGACAGUCUACAAAUAAGAAGAAACAUAAAGAUGUGCUUCGAACUACAGAAAACAGAGAAGUGGAUUUUGAAGAUUUUCUGAUUCUUAGAGCCAUAGGAAAAGGGAGCUUUGGAAAAGUUUGCAUUGUUCAGAAGAAGGACAGUAAGACGAUGUACGCUAUGAAGUACAUGAGCAAGGAUCAAUGUAUAACUAAAGAUGCGUUCAGAAACGUACUGCAAGAGAUCGAGAUACUCUCUAGUCUAGAACAUCCGUUCUUGGUGAAUUUAUGGUUUACCUUCCAAGACGAAGAGGACAUGUUUAUGGUGGUAGAUCUUCUGUUGGGAGGUGACCUGCGCUACCACAUCCAUCAAGAGGGCAAUUUUGAUGAAGCCAGAGUGUGUUUGUAUCUGUGUGAGGUGGCCAUGGCGUUAGACUAUUUACAGUCUAAGUAUAUUCUUCACAGAGAUAUCAAACCCGACAAUAUUUUACUGGAUGAAAUGGGGCACGUACAUAUAACUGAUUUCAACAUUGCUACGAUCUUAAAGGAUGGAGAAUUGGCUACUUCAAUGUCAGGCACAAAACCUUACAUGGCGCCCGAAGUAUUCGAUUGUGCAUUAGACAAGUGCCCGGGCUACACAUUUCCAGCAGACUGGUGGUCACUGGGAGUCUGUUGUUACGAGAUGUUAUGUGGAGCGCGGCCAUACGAUAUUCACUCUAAUACAUCUUUGGAGCAGAUCCACAAUUUAUUCCUCUUCACAGAACUUCAGUUUCCUUGCCCAAUCAGUGAAGGAAUGGGAGAUCUGAUAAGAAAGCUGUUGACUGUGGAUAACUUCAACCGAAUUAAUACGUUAGAACAUAUGAAAAAACAUAGUCACCUAACAUCAGUCAAUUUUAGCGCUAUCUAUGAAAAGAAAGUUACACCUACGUUUAUACCAUCGAAAGAUCAACUGAAUUGCGACCCCACGUUUGAACUAGAAGAGAUGAUUAUUGAAUCGAAACCUCUUCACAAGAAAAAGAAGCGUCUAUCUAAGCGGAGCUCGCGGAGAGAUCCGGAGGGUAGCUCGUUCAGUGACGAGGAAGCCGGUCCAUUUCAAGUCUCUCUUUCUUCCAUCCAAGAGCAGUUUAGAGUGUAUAAUAGAGAAAAAGAACUUCAAAAACAGAUGUGUAAACAGCGUGAGGUAGAAUGGGAAGCCGAACUCCAAAGAGCCAUGAGUUGACUCAUUGUGAAGUUCUAAGCAACAAAAAAGCACGUCCAAAAAAGAUUCCAGUUGAAUUCCUGUGCCAAUAUAUAUAUACUGUAUAUACUUAAUUAAGUACCUUCUCCUUAGUUUUUAAACCGUGAGUGGAAAUAUAGAAACAGUUCAAUCACUCUUGAUGAAUAUAAAAAAAAAGACGAAAAAGUUAUUAAUGCUCUCAUACAUAAUCACAGACAACAAUUGAAAUUAGUCACAAUAAAAUUGAGCAUGUAUUUGUUAAAUCUUAUAGUUACGGUAAUAUAUAAACAAGUAAAAAAACGGCUAUGUCAUCAAGUUUAUGUUUUGUGAAAUACAUUUUCCAUGUAUGUAACACAACAUUUGUAAAGUUUGUUUUUGAUGUUUAGGAUUAUUUAUAUUAUAUAUAUAUAUACGAUAAUAUCACUGAAUUUCUAUCUGCACAAUUCAUGUAGUUGUACUUGUCUUUAUUCCUUUGCACUAUUUAAGGAAACUUUAAAUUAACGAGAAAACAAG